GGCUGGUUUUUUGUGGUUUGCGGCGAAUGGGAAUGGGGUGUAUGUGUCUCUUGAGAUUACACGACGACGUAUUGGGGUUGAUCACUGUUGUCUGCUCACAGAAAAGUUGAAAAACAAACAAAAAAGCAAAAACAAAAAAAUCGCUUUCAAAAAACAGAAACUAGUAAAACAGCAACAGCUACUACUACACAACAACAGUCUCCUGGACCUCCUAGUGUUGAUCGCUCUCUUCUCCGGUAUACUUUCCCCCUAGGGUUUCUUCUCAAUCGCCCAACCAGAGAAAGAGAGAAGUUGAUUAUCGGCAACCCCGAAUUUCGAACCCUAGAGCCUCUGUUUUCAGUCACCGACAUUUGAAUGAGCUGAGAAAACAGUAAAUUCCAAGAAAAGUGAUGUUUUUUGUGGUGGAAUUUGUGGAAAAAGAAAUAAUUAAGUUGACUGGCCUUGGGACCUCGUAGCUUUCUGCUUUGGACACUAUCAUGAGAUGGCACUUAGACUAAAUGGAGGAGAUGAAGUAGAAAUUGAGCCCGAUCCUGCAACAUGGACAACCUUAGAGGAGGAACUUUAUAUUCAGUUAAUGGUGAAAGAGGUUCACAAAGGGAAUAGAUCAUCAACCACCUUUUCAAGGAAAGGUUGGAAACAAAUUGAACAAGAGUUCUGUGAGAAAACCAACAAGAGGUACAACAAUUCUCAGUUUAGAAAUAAGUUUAACCAGCUGAGAACCCGUUUUAAUGAUUUUAGUAAGCUGUUGAAGGAACCUGGGUUUACUUGGGAACCCGUGCUCAGUACUGUAACCGCAACUGAUGCUGUUUGGGAAUCAUAUAUAAAGGGAAACAAAAAUGUGAAGAGAUUUCGGAAAAAAGGGUGCCCAAUGUUUAAUGAGUUAGGAAUCAUAUUUGGGGACCCAACAUCAAGUUACAAAGAUGUAUUUCCAUUAGCUCAGUAUCCAAUGGUCAGUGAAUAUAAAUUGGACGUAGAAGAUGAGUCAACAAAUGCUACUCCAUCCGCUUUCCCAAGUGACAGUAGCAAUGGUAGAGAUUUUCCCUCGCAAAGUACUAGACGCCGUCGCCAACGAUCUUCCACUCCUACAAGCCAUCUUAGAGGGAAGAGAGAGGCAAGAACAGCAGUGGAGGGUGCGGCAUUGAAGGAAUGGACUGAAGCUACAGUUCCCUCGGGGAUGUCUGAUAGAAAAUGGGCUGAAACUAGUAAGGUAAUGACCCCAACUUUCCAUAAACUUGAGACAUCUUCCCAAGCUAGUCCAUUCUCAAUUACCAAUUGUGUCAAGUGUCUAGAAGCGAUUGAAGGAGUGGAUUCAAGUACCUACAUAAAGGCAAUCAAGAUGUUUAAGGAUUUAGAUUGGAGGGAGAUGUUUAUGGCAAUGUCUUCCGAAAGAAGAUUGGUUUGGUUGGCUAGCUUAGAGUAGUUUUGGUUGCUAUGAUUUUAGGUGUCUUAAUCUGUCUAUGGAACAUGUUGAGAUAUUUCAACAUUAAUAUGCAUUCAGUACCAACAUGUACACUUUCACCUUUUUGUGUGGCACGUAAUUCUUAGUCUGAUGGGACGGGUUAAGAUGUUGGAGCAAUAAAAGGUGUAGGACUAACCUAAUCUCAAUUCGAACAGAAUGUAAAGUGCUUAUUAUUUAAAAAAUGCCGUUAUUGAUCAAUGUACAAAACUGCCAUCUUGAUUUCAUUGUAAACUUGUGGUUAACUUGUGUGUUGUACUGAUCAAAGAAUGUAAGAGAUCUAUUUGAUUGUUA